AGUACACUCAGUUCAGAGAUGAGAUGAGACCAGACAUGACGCAGUUAUCAUGCCUCAACUGUUAAGGAAACUGGUGUCCUACCAUGACAACCAGCUCUAUGUUUUCCUUUGCGAACCAAAGGUCACUACCAUAAUCUAGAGAUUUUAUGACCAGCAGUCCACUCCGCCCAGGAAGGUAACUCAUACAAAGAUCUUCAGAGGAUCAGAGGGUCCUAAUCUGCUUCUGAGGCUUCAUCUGAGUUUUGGAGAAGAGACGCUAGGAUUUAGACUUAACUAUCGCAACUGGGAUACAGCGAAAAUGCCAUCCGCUAAGAAGGCUCUGCAUUUCAUGUCCAGUGCGCUGGUUACUGCCACGUCUGUUGGUGUGUUGGGGUUUUGCAUGUCGACACAGUGGGCUGAGACGACCAUGGAGUGCACAACGAAAGGAAGUAGCUUCUCCAAUGGAUCGGCUGUGGUCACUUUGACGCUUUUUGAAGGGAAUAUGAACAGAAUCCUUUGCCCCCUUUUUGGCGGUCAGGACAAAUUUCAAGUGAUUCCUAAGUUGGCACAAACCACUGUAGUUACCCCUAUCGUGCUGCACACUUUGGUUGUGUGCCUGUUGGCCCUGUGUCUGCUGUUUUCCGCCUGCAGCAUCCUUAUUUCCCUCUACAACAGCGUCAGCAACCCUUAUGAGACCUACAUGGGGCCUAUUGGCAUCUACGUCUGCAGCUCGCUCAGCGCAUGUUUUUCCGUUGUGGCCCUCGUAUUAUUUGUGGUGAACGUCAUCGUGACCAGCAUGGCAGAGGAUUUGGUACAACUCUACUCCGGCGAUAUUCAAGCAGAGCUGAAGAACAAGUCUUCAGAGUUGAAGCUAGGAUACUACCUGGUCCUCCUUUACACGGGGCUCUCUCUCUUUGCCGUGGCCUUGAUCUACAUGUACGACCACGCAGCCUACACACAUAGGCGGGAGCAGGAGAGGCCUACAGAGGACGCACCCAAGGAGAUAAUGAUGUAUUAGUGGCCUGCAAUGGAGUAGGUUUUCAGUGACAUUGAUAAAUUGCUCAUCAAGACUUUCAGGAAUAACUGUAAUGGAGAAUUACAGACAUAAAUCAAUAUAUAUACAUAAACCCAAUAACAUUUUUUGUGUAUUUUAUGUGACAAAAACAAUGGUUUGAAUAAAAUAAGUGAAUGUAAAUC